AUGGACUCGCCAGCCUUAUCUCCUUCCUCUGCUUCCACUCUACACGAUGAGUGGGCACUUGUAAACGAUGCAGCAGAAAUCGUCGCAUCGGUGAAAAGCGAAGCGAAAUCAGAGAUGUUGGAGCACGAAGAUGAAGCUACUGAAGUAAACCACGAGAUUCCUCAAGAUUGCCUUGCCAUUCGUUUGCGACAAGGUGAAAAGAUUCGGCCGGCGUGGUUCAAGGCCACACAACAAGUUGAUACUUUUGUUGGCAAGUUUUUUGCGGAGGAGCUUGCCCGUGGCAAGAAGAUCAGGCUUAUUUACAUGGGCAUGCUACUGCUUCCCAGUCGCACCAUGGGUGAAUAUGGUAUUGAGGAAAACGGAGUAAUUCAUAGUGUCAUCACGGAUGCGCCGGCAGCUCCCCAUCCACAGGCAGUGCUCCAGGCAAAGUUAAAGACUUUGAGUCCGCAGAAUACACUUCUGCUCCUCACAGGCGUCUUUCUUUACGGUCUCUGGACAAUAUUGUACUACUUCCCACAGUUCUUUUCAUGGAAAUCGAUCGUGCUGCUUUCACUCUUCAGUGCGAUGCACCUUUCGGCUGCGGCUUCACGUAUCACAUCCUCAAGCGUUUUCCGUACACUCCACUGA